AUGAGCGACGAGAUGGAGACGCCAGCGCAACCGCGCACUUCAAGAUUCAAGGAACACACAAACACGGCCAGCUCGAUCAGGCCGCCGCCCGACGCGCUAUGGCAGGACUUGGCUAUUGAGGACAUGAUUGAGAAGUUCAACGAGGAAGCCAGAGCGCCUCCGACACGCAAGGGCGUCGCCAAAGCCAUCACACCGCCCAGUUUUGGGGCGCCCACGGUUGCGGGUCAUACCGCUACGCCGGCUACUGCUACUCCAACGACGAAUGAGGGCGUUGGAACAUUUGAACGGUUCUCGCGCGCCUUUGCUUCGGUGUUUGGCAGUGUGUUGGGGAAGCGCAAGGCAGGAGCCUCAGAUGCUGAGAAGGAAAAGGAAAAGGAGCAGCGGGUCCUGGAGGAGCGCAAACGGGCUGCAGACGAGGCUUAUGCCGCGAUGAAAAUGGCGCGGGAACAGGGGCUUCUGCCGACUCCCAAGGUGUUUGUGAGGCCGACUAUGACGCCGCGGACGCACAAGUGUGUUGCUGAGCACAAUGCGCCCCCUACACCACGGACCCCGAGUCUCUACAAAUCGCCUUCGAAGAAGGAUAUGCAGAAGCAGCAGAAGCUCACCAAGCGCGUGUCUGAUCUCGAGCACAAACUCGCCUCUGCCAGGAAAGAACUCCACACCGUCCUGCUCAAGGAUGUACCCCCGGUUCCUCCGCUACCCGCGCUUCUACCACCCACGCCCACACCCGACACCAGCCAGACCACUACGACAACCACGUCCACCCAAAUCUUCAGCGAGAGAGAAGUCUCGCAAGACACACAAGCCACUACACCCAGCCCCUCGCAGCAAAUCCCCCUCCCCGCCCCCGCAAAGCAAUCCAUCGGCAAAAUCGUCAAGAAGCGCAAAGCCACCACCACCAUCGACGACGAGACCUACAAGCCCAUCCCCACCGACAGUGAUGGUGACUUCAGCAUGUCGGCCAGCGAGCCCGAGCAGCCCCGCACCAUCAAGCGCGUGAAAUCGCAAAACGGCAAGAAGGGUAAGCGCCAGACAUCCAGGUUGACCAAGUCACGAAGCAGGAGCGAUGGAAGGAAAGAGGAGCCCGUGGUUAUCAUACCCGAUGGGAAGAAGGUGCCCAUGGUGCCCGAGAUUCCAAAAGGUGUUGAGGGCAAGAAGGCGCGGAUUAGGGACGAUGGGUAUGGCGGGUUGGAGCAUGAAAUGUUUUGA